AUGCCUAUCACAGGCGUCUACUUUAUCCCUUCAAACCCCAACGCCUCAACAGCCCUCCAAUUAGUAACAGAGCGCCUCCGCGCCGCCUUCCCAAAUGAAGAACUAACUCCAAUCGGCCGCUGGGGCCUGGAACAAAAGCUCUUGCGCGACACUCCAGGCCUACUCCCCUCCUCCUCGAACUCAAACAAGAAACCUUCAAACCCACGCUACAUGCAAUUCCUCUCAUUAACCCACUACCCAACCCACGGCUUCAUCUACACCUCAGAGGCCGAGAAAACAGCCCCAGCACUAAACCAAAAUCAACCCCAGAAUGCAGCAGGCGCGCCUGGCCCCAUAAAUGGCGUCGCGCCGGACCACUCCCCUUCCCCGUCAAUGGUCAUGAUAACUGCUCCCCCCUCGUCAUACGGAACCCUCUUCCAGCACUUCACCUACGCUUGUCAGCCCUUCUGGGCCCAUCGGCUCACGCUAACGGUCCCGAACGGUAUCGUCUAUGAGGUUGGUGACUUCCGCGUGCGUCUGGGUGAUGUGCGGCAAACGUUCCCGACGGCGCGGGUGCGUGGUACGGUCAUUGAGGUUGAAUGGCGCGGUCCAUCGGUUGUGGAGGCGGUUCCUGUGGGCCUGGAUGAUGGCUCAUUUGGUGUUGGUCUUGGUGCUGGCGGUGCUGGCGAUGUGGAUGUUGAAGCUGCGGGUAUCGACCUCGCUAGCUCUGCGAUUGAGGAGUCGGACAUCGAUGCGGAGUAUGCGGCGACUGCGUCGUUGAUUCGGGAGUUUUGGGGGAGAUUGGGUGUUGAGGCUCGGGAGGCGAUUCUUAUUCCGAAUGUUGGGAUGGAGGUGAAGGAUCGGCUGAGGAAGUGGAAGAAGGCUGGAUCUGGGGUUGAUACCAAGAUUGAUACUAGAGUUGAUGAGGUUGGCUCUGUGGUUGGUGAGCGAGCUGAAGAAGACCCUGACCCGUGGUCUGGGGCGGAUGUUGCGAGGCAGUUUAUGGAGGUUUUGAGGUUUAAUCGAUAA